AUGGAAGAAGCCCCCUCACUCUCCACCACCACCACAAGCCCUCUCCUCCUCCACGAGCGGUGGCGCCACCACCUCCGCCUCAAAACCACGCUCUGUGCCGAGCUCUCCGGCGCAGUGGGUGACCUCGGCACCUACAUCCCCAUCAUCCUGGCCCUCACCCUCGUCUCCCACCUCGACCUCAGCACCACCCUCAUCUUCACCGCCCUUUAUAACUUCACCACCGGCCUCCUCUUCGGCAUCCCCAUGCCCGUCCAGCCCAUGAAGUCCAUCGCUGCCGUCGCAAUUUCCGAGUCCCCCCACCUCUCCCUCCCCCAAAUCGCCGCCGCUGGUCUGUCCACCGGCGGCGUCCUCCUCCUCCUCGGGGCCACCGGCUUCAUGUCCUUCCUCUACCGUUUCCUCCCCUUCCCCGUCGUCCGCGGCGUCCAGCUCUCUCAAGGCCUCUCCUUUGCCUUCACCGCCGUUAAGUACAUCCGCUUCAAUCAAGACCUCGCCGCCUCCAAAUCCACCUCCCCUCGGCCCUGGCUCGGCCUCGACGGCCUCCUCCUCGCCCUCUCUUCCCUUCUCUUCAUCGUCCUCGCCACCGGAGCCGGCGACGACGAUCACACUCACAAUCUCAGCACUGAAAACAUAAUCAAUCGUCGCCGAUCACCACGACUUAAUCAACGGCUGAAAGUUUUAUCCCAAAUUCCUGCAGCUCUUGUAGUUUUCUUAUUUGGGCUGAUUUUGUGCUUCUUCCGCGACAUUUCAAUCUUGGGCGAUCUCAAAUUUGGGCCCUCUAAGAUAACCUUGUUGAAGAUUACAUGGGAAGAUUGGAAAAUUGGGUUUGUUCGCGGAGCAAUUCCCCAAAUCCCACUGUCAAUCUUAAACUCUGUGAUCGCCGUCUGCAAAUUAUCCGGUGAUCUGUUUCCAGACAGGGAGGCGUCAGCGAGGACGGUUUCGAUCAGCGUAGGGGUCAUGAACUUCGUCGGGUGUUGGUUCGGGGCAAUGCCUGUGUGCCAUGGAGCUGGAGGGCUUGCUGGACAGUACAGAUUUGGAGGGAGGAGCGGGGCUUCGGUUGUGUUUUUGGGGAUUGGGAAGUUGGUUUUGGCUCUGCUGUUUGGGAACUCAUUUGUGAGUAUUCUGAACCAGUUUCCGAUUGGGAUUCUUGGGGUGCUCUUGCUUUUUGCUGGGAUUGAAUUGGCUAUGGCUUCCAAGGAUAUGAACUCAAAGGAGGAGUCUUUUGUGAUGUUGGUUUGUGCUGCGGUUUCUUUGACUGGUUCUAGCUCUGCCUUGGGUUUUGGGUGUGGGAUUUUGUUGUUUUUGUUGCUCAAAUUGAGGGAGUUGGAGUUUUCUAGAGUUGGGUUUCUGAAAUCUAAGUCAGAAGAAUCAUCCAAAGAUGAUGAAGCUACUAGCUUGAUCCCUUGA